AUGGGCUGGUUCUCUGACGACUCUCCUCAAUCCAACUCGUACGAGCAGUACAACAACGGCGGUGUCACCCGCGAGCACGAGGCUUCCUUCGCCCACGAGCUGAUCGCCGGCGCUGCCUCUUACGAGGCCGCCAAGGCCUACGAGGAGCACUGCGACCGCAACGGCCAGCCCCAGAGCCACGAGAAGGCCAAGGAGAUCAUGGCCGGUCUCGCCGGUGCCUUCAUUGACCGUGAGGUCGAGACCCGCGGUCUGGACUUCAUUGACCGCGAGCGUGCUAAGCGCCACGCCAAUGAGCACAUUGAGCAGGUCGAGGAGAGCCGCUUCAACUACUAA